AUGCCGCCUAAAAGAAAAGCGCCGCCUCUCGGCCUAGAUAGAAGAGUACGCGCCCGGCGUGACGAGAACUGGGAGCUCGAAGCCGAGUCGGACAACCAGCGAUCGGACGACGAUGUAUCGGAAGAAGAUAUCCGGGGGCAGGACAGUGACGACGAGGAUCCGUCUGACGCCGAGGAAGAAGAAGAAUCAGAGCCCGACUCAGAAGGCGAGGCGCCUCCCAAAGUCGACAUCUCCUCCGUAACAUUUGGUGCUCUAGCUCGCGCGCAAGCAACUAUGCCCGCAACAGGCCGACGGUCAAAGAAGAAUAAAAGGGACGACUCCGACGACGAAGAUGCCAAACCCAUGACGCUCCGCGAACAAGCCGAAGCCCGCAGAAGCCAAAAUAAGGGCACUAAGCCACCGAGCCGCUCCUCCAAGCACGCGCCGCAGGAACAAACCUCCAAGAAGCCCGUCUCGCGGCGCCGCGAGAUCCUGCCGGACCCCCGCCGCAAGGCCCGCGACCCGCGCUUCGACCCGCUCAUGGGCGCCGUCGACGAGGACAAGACGCGGCGCGCGUACGCCUUCCUGGAGGAGUACCGCGACAGCGAGAUGGCCGACCUCAAGGUCCAGAUAAAAAAGACCAAGAACCCUGCGGAAAAGGACGCGCUGAAGCGGCAGCUGCUGUCGAUGGAGUCCAAGAAGAAGGCGCAGAAGAAGCGCGACGAGGCGGAGAGCCUGUUGAAGGAGCACAGGAGCAAGGAGAAGGGACUGGUGGCGCAGGGCAAGCAGCCGUUCUACCUCAAGAAGAGCGACCAGAAGACGCAGCUCCUGACCAACAGGUUCGCCGACAUGAGCAAGGGCCAGGUGGACCGCGCGAUUGAGCGCAAGCGCAAAAAGGUGGCGGGCAGGGAGAGAAAGGAGCUGGACAGCCUGGUGCGCGUGAGGGAUCGUCACUGA